AUGGCGAGCGCGCUAUCAUCAACAGAAUCAAUUUCACUGCUCUCCUUGUCGCUCGCAUGUGUCGGUGUGCUGGCCAACACGCUUCACGGUGACGGUGAGCCGCUUGUUGCGUCGAUAGCGCUCAGUGGUCUGGCCUUUGCAUUCUGUUAUGCUUUGAUACGAUGGCUUGGGGAUGCCUUUGCGAAGCGUGGCUUCAAAGGGAAGGAUCUAUGUAAGCUGAAGCAGAUUGAAAUCCCAGAGAUGAUGGGCGCGGUCUGUGCUAUGGUGUAUCUUUUCAUCUUGAUCUUCUUCAUACCAUGGCCGUUCUACAAAGACAUUGUAGUCGCAACAUCAGGCGGCGGUAACCGGGACACGAUCAAGGAACUGGAGCUGAUUGAGACCGGGAGGCUACUACACAGGUUUCCUCACAACAAGCUUGCGUCCUAUCUGUCGGCCAUACUUUCCCUCCAGUCUAUCGUACUGCUCGGUAUUGGUGACGACCUGUUCGACAUAAGAUGGCGACACAAGGUGCUCAUUCCAGCCUUUGCAGUUAUUCCCAUGCUCGUGGUUUACUUUGUCGACUUUGGUGUGACGCAGAUGGUCGUCCCACUACCACUCAGGCCUUACCUUGGCGAGCUCUUUGACCUGGGCUGGCUUUACUACGUCUACAUGGCGCUGAUGUCCAUCUUCUCCUCGAAUAGCAUUAACAUCUUGGCGGGCAUCAACGGCAUCGAGGUGGCCCAGUCUAUAGUCAUUGCAGUCCUGAUUGUCGGCAAUGAUAUGCUGUAUCUCUCACCAUUUACGACGUACCCACAUCCAGCGACGGAUUCGCAUCUGUUUUCGCUGUAUCUGCUACUGCCGUUUAUCGGUGUCUCGAUGGCGUUACUGAUGCACAACUGGUAUCCAGCAAAGGUGUUUGUGGGCGACACUUACUGUUACUUUGCAGGCAUGGUCUUCGCCGUAGUGGCCAUCCUCGGUCACUUCAGCAAAACGCUCAUGUUGCUACUCCUACCGCAAGCGUUCAACUUUGUCUACUCGGCACCCCAACUGUUCCACAUCGUACCAUGUCCCCGACAUCGGCUUCCGCACUUCAACGCACGGACUGGUUUACUGGAGCCCUCGCGCGUCGAAUUCACCAAACCACUACGACGACCGAUAGCGGAGAGCCUCAAGGUGCUGCACCGGCUUCGGAUGCUCGAUGUUGAGACGGAUGGGAAAGGGCAGGUGGUCUCGUCGAGCAACUUUACACUAAUCAACUUGUGGUUAGUAUGGUUCGGUCCCAUGCGGGAGGACCGCCUAGCUAUGGGUUUGCUCGCGUUCCAGUUCGCGAUUGGACUUGUAGGACUAUUUGUGCGGCAUCGCAUGGCAUUGCUUAUCUUUACAGCGGACAACUUGUAG